UAUCUUUCAAAGUGUGAUAAAAAUAAAUCGUGCCUGAAAAACUUCUUCAGAUUUCAUUUUUAAAAUCAUACAGAAAAUUCGGUAUGGAAAAAAUGAAUUUAUUUUUUGUACUUCUGACGUUUUACUAUAUUUAUGCAGAAGAAAUCGCUGAAAAUGAAGGUGAGGUAGCGUUGGAAAAUCCUAAUCUUUUCGAAGGUGAUAUUUUAAGAAGCUCUUUCAAUAAUGAUAGAAAUGCUGUUGUUGCUGAGAAAAGAAAAUGGCCUAAUGCUCGUAUCCCAUACACCAUUGAUUCAAAAUUAAAAAAACAAGAAUCCUUAAUCAAAGAAGCCAUGGAUCAUUAUGCUAAUAAGACAUGCAUUCGCUUCGUUCCGAGAAAAGACGAAAAGCAGUAUGUGAACAUCUUGAAAGGAAAAAGUUGCUAUUCUCAUGUUGGCAGAACUUCCAGAGCACAACCCUUGUCCUUAGGACCGAAAUGCUAUAAGUUUGGCAUUAUCGUUCAUGAGUUGGGUCAUGCAGUUGGAUUCUUUCACGAACAUUCACGAUCUGAUCGGGAUGAUUACAUUAACAUUCACUACGAGAAUAUACAACCUGGUAACUAG